UAACUACUACUUCUCAUUGCCAAGUUCUACUUUCAAAGCAGUGACACUCAUGGAGAAGUCCUUGUUCUAUUUUCAAUUAGCAUUUUUUAUGCUUCAAUAUGUAGUGACUAGUUCUGCCAUCAAGAUUGAAACUGACAUUGCUACCGAUCAAUUCGCUCUUCUGUCCUUGAAAUCUCAGAUCAUUGCUGACCCUUUUCAGCUCUUGGCCAAAAGCUGGUCUCAGGACACUUCUGUUUGCAAUUGGAUUGGAGUCACUUGUGGCUCUACUCACCAUAGAGUGACUUCCUUGAACAUCUCCAACAUGGGUCUAACUGGAACCAUUCCGCAAUAUUUUGGAAACCUCACAUUUCUUGUUUCUCUUGACUUGACAAGCAACAGUUUCUAUGGCAAUCUGCCACAAGAAAUGGCUCAUUUGCGCAGAUUAGAGUUUGUUAGAUUGAGUUAUAACAACUUUAGCGGUGAAGUUCCUUCUUGGUUUGGUUUUUUAACUAAACUUCAAGUUCUUACUCUUACAAAUAAUAGUUUUACUGGUUUGGUCCCGUCUUCACUUUCCAACAUUUCCAAUCUUGCAACUUUGGAUUUAGCCUUUAAUGCUUUGGAGGGAAAGAUUCCAAAAGACAUUGGAAAUCUUAAAAAUUUAAGGGUUUUGAACCUGGAAAGUAAUGAUCUUACAGGUUAUGUUCCUCUAUCCUUCUCAAAUGCCACAAAGCUGGAAACGUUGAUUCUUUCUAAAAAUUUCCUUCAUGGAAGCAUCCCAAAUGGGAUUGGUGAUCUUCACAACCUGAACUGGUUAGGUAUGGAAGGUAAUCAGCUUACAGGUUCUAUACCAUUCUCAAUUUUCAACAUUUCCACACUUGAGUCUAUUGGAUUUACAGAAAAUAGUUUAUCUGGUAACCUCCCUACUGAUUUAUGUGAUCUUCUUCCGAUACUCAAAGGGCUUCAUCUUUCUUCUAAUAAGCUACAAGGUCAUAUGCCACCAAGCUUGUCAGGAUGUUACGAACUUCAGAUAUUGUCUCUGUCAGAUAAUGAAUUUGAUGGACCGAUACAUAGUGAAAUUGGGAAGUUAACUAACUUGCAGAUCUUAUAUCUUGGAUCUAACCGUUUCACAGGAGAAAUUCCACAGGAGAUAGGGGAUCUUGUUAAUUUGGUGAUGAUAGGCAUGGAGAAAAACCAGCUUACAGGUUCUAUACCCAAGUCCAUGUUCAAUAUUACCUCACUGAAACUUCUAUCGCUGGAGAAAAACAAUCUAACUGGAUCACUACCAAGGGAGAUUGGAAAUUUAACUAUGCUUCAAGAUCUACUUCUUGGUGGAAACAAGCUUACAGGCAUGCAGAAACUAAAAGUUAGUAAAAGUUUGCUAUACUAAACAACCGAGCUAAA